UUAACUCUUCUUUCCUUACCUCCCCUUCCUCGCGCUCUUUUCGAUUUCUCCCUCUGUCCUUUCUUCUUGCGCCCUGUGUCCGCUGGUAUCUUCUGGUCCCGCAGUUGGCGGAGGCAGGCUGGAGAGUUCGAUUCUCUUGGUCGCGAGUGGAGAGAGCAGCGGGGGAGGUUAACGCGAACAGCAGCGCGAGAGUACACGAGAAGUCUCGCGGAACCGAGACAAGGAAGCCUCUCUCGACAGAAGAGAUCCUUUCGACCGGAGGAAUUCUAGCUGGCGUGGCUCGACCGGCCUCCUCCACCCUCCUUCUUCCCUCCACCCGAGUUCAUUCAGAGCCCUCCCUGGAUGGGACGGUCCACACACCACGUCUACUCGGUGCCGGGUUCCCCGCGAUAUUUUGUGACUGCCUGCCCGUGCGGUGCCCGUGUUAGCCUGUGCUCUUCGGCUCCCUAGACCCGGCGCGGAAUAGGGAGGUCGAAAUGACCCGGUUGGGAUUGCGAUUCGUCGCAUCCGCAGUCUUCCUGGCCGGGAUUGUUAGUGGGCAAUAUAAUCACACCUCAUGGUCGAGCAAUCCUCCGCCGGUUGUUCCUCUGGGACGAGGUGAUAUAGGAAAACCAAAUAGCUCCGAUGAGGAAUAUCUUUCACCCAGAUGGAGAACAUUCCUAUCGAACGAAGGUUCAGAGGAAGCGGACAGGCGGAAUUUUGAAUCAUACGACCGAAAUUACGACGAUGGGUACAACAAAUACCCCGAUAACGGAGAAUAUGGUCAAAGAUCUGGCACCGAUGAUUCCGGAAGAUAUCAAGGGAGCUAUGGUGGAGACCGAAGGACCUACGGUCAGAGCCAAGGACAGGAAAAUUUGAAUCCUUAUAACCAAGGUGCUGCCGAUCCUUAUGGAGGCUCUCGAGGUUAUGAAGAUGCUUACGGUAGAGGAGCUGGAGGUGGACAAGGCUCUAGAGAUCCUUAUGGUGAUGGUUACGAAGAAAAUCGCGGAUCCGGAAGCGGUUAUGACCGAGGUUCCACUGGUUAUACAGGAUACUCGCAAAGUCAAGGAGGAUACUCGCAGAGUCAAGGAGGAUAUUCGCAAAGGCAAGGAGGUGGAUACGCGCAAGGUCAAGGAGGAUACGGUGCAGCUGGAAGUUCGGACAAUUAUCCGAGCAGCUAUUCGCUUGUGCCUAUUCCAGGACAAUCUCCACCAAAGAAUUGCACCGGAUCUGCUUGUUGUGUGCCGAAAUGUUUUGCGGAGAAAGGCUCAAGGGGUGCACCAGGGAUAAUGGGGCCACAAGGUCCUAAAGGUCAAAGAGGAUUUCCUGGAACAGAAGGUCUUCUAGGACCGAAAGGAGAGAAAGGUGACCCUGGUCCCCAAGGACCACGUGGACCGAAAGGUGAUAGAGGAAAAAUGGGUAUGCCCGGUUUUCCCGGUAUAAAUGGUGUUCCUGGAGUUCAAGGACCGCCUGGAUCCCCUGGAUAUCCUGGUCGUGAUGGAUGCAACGGAACAGAUGGUGAACCUGGUGUUCGAGGUCUUCCUGGAGAACCGGGACCUCGUGGUUUUCGUGGUGCUCCAGGUCCAAAAGGACACAAAGGUGAACCAGCGUACGUUGGUCUGAUGCCUACUGGUCAGAAAGGAGAACCAGGUAUUGAUGGUGUGAGAGGACCUCCAGGUCCACCUGGACCUCAAGGUGAACGAGGAAUAUCUGGACCGAAAGGUGAACGUGGUCCUUAUGGUGCACCAGGAAUAAGUGGCGCAAAAGGACAAAAAGGAAAUAUGGGUCUCGGAUUUGAGGGUGCGAAAGGUGACAAAGGUCAGAAGGGACAGCCAGGACCUCCAGGUCCACCUGGUCCUGAUAUACCAUUUGUGGGAAUACCAUCGCAAGUGUCAGGCGAAAAAGGAGAACCUGGUGAAAAGGGAGAUAAGGGUGAUGUGGGACUGGAAGGGCAAAAAGGAGAACCAGGUUUGAUGGGAGAUCAUGGUAUACCUGGAACUCCAGGCGGGAAAGGAGAGAAAGGUCUUCCAGGAGCUCCUGGCAUUCGUGGUAGGGAUGGUUUCUCCGGACCCCCAGGUCCACCUGGACGCAAAGGUGAUCGAGGUUACGAUGGAUUAGACGGAAUUCCAGGUCGUCCUGGUAAAAAGGGAGAACCAGGUCGAGAUGGACCUAUGGGCACUCCAGGAUUACGAGGACCUCCAGGUCCACCAGGAGGUGGUAAAGGUACACCAGGUCCCCCAGGACCAAAAGGACCUCAAGGUUUUCCAGGUCCAACUGGACCUCGUGGUGCUGAUGGAUACCCGGGAGAUCCGGGUCCAAGAGGUCCUAUAGGAUUGGUUGGUGGUCCUGGUUCGCCAGGUAUACCAGGUCCCGAAGGAUUACCAGGAGAAAAAGGUGCGAAAGGAGAGCCUGGAAUCACAGGAUUCCCGGGACCAAUAGGACCUAGAGGAUUUGAUGGUCCUCCUGGUCCACCCGGUCCACGGGGACUUCAAGGAGAGAAAGGAUUAUCGAUUGUGGGUCCUAAAGGAAUGGACGGGGCACCAGGUUUAGAUGGAGAGAAAGGGCAAAAAGGAGAACGUGGUUAUUCAGGACCGCGCGGAUUCCCAGGAGAUUCUCUGGACGGAAUUCCUGGAUCACCAGGUGAACCAGGUUUACCUGGAGAGCCGGGAAAUCCAGGAAAAGACGGUAUUCCAGGUUAUCCAGGACCUGCAGGUGAAAAGGGAGACGCAGGCGGACGUUGUCAGGAUUGUUUCCCAGGAUUACCAGGACUUAAAGGAGAUCGCGGUUUAGAUGGUAGUCCCGGUCUUACUGGACCACGUGGACCACCAGGAGAACGUGGUUUUCCUGGAGAACCAGGUUCUGAUGGACUACCGGGACAAAUUGGACCACCAGGACUACCGGGCAAGGAUGGUAUUCCUGGUUCAGCGGGUCCCCAAGGUGAACCAGGUGCACCAGCAUACUUUUCAGAAAGUCAAGUUAAGUUAGAAAAAGGCGAAAAGGGUAUACGAGGUGAACCAGGAAGAAUGGGUCCACCAGGUCCGGAGGGUCCUCCUGGAGAAAAAGGUGCACUCGGUUUUGAAGGAUUUCCAGGCAGUAAGGGUACUGCUGGAGACCGCGGAUUCCCUGGACAAGACGGUAUUCCUGGCAGACCAGGAAAUCCAGGACGAAAAGGAGAAAGUGGUCUGACUCUGAAAGGAGAACCUGGAUCACCGGGUCAAAGAGGUCUAGAAGGACAGAAGGGUGAACCCGGUUUAUACGGACAAAAAGGAGAACCUGGUGCAUGUCCGCCACUGAAUUUGACAAUGGAUUUGAAGGGUGAUAGAGGUGCUCCUGGCGAAAAAGGAGAACCUGGACCACCAGGAAGGGAUGGAUUAAGUGGUGAUAAAGGCUUGCAAGGUCUUUCAGGACCUCCCGGUCCUCCUGGACCAAUAGGUGCGCCUGGACCAGUUGGGCCACGAGGAUUACCUGGUCCUCGCGGAGACAAGGGUAAUAUGGGACCUAUGGGUUUCCCUGGUGAGCCAGGACGUGAAGGGCCCCGGGGUUUCUCUGGUGCUCCAGCACCGAAAGGAGAUAAGGGUGAACCUGGAAUAUCGGUUAAGGGUAGUCCCGGCUUGCCUGGCCCACCAGGAGACAAAGGAGAGAAAGGUUUACCAGGACCACCAGGAAAAGAAGGACAGGAUGGUCUGCCAGGUCUACAAGGAUUACCAGGCGAAAAGGGCGACGUUGGAAAUCCAGGAAUAAGUGGUUUACCUGGCGCACCUGGAGAGAAAGGAGAUACUGGACCAAUUGGACCUCGAGGUCCUCCUGGUGUAGCAGGAAUUCCUGGUGUAGAUGGAAUGAAAGGUGAACCAGGAUUACCAGGAGAGCCAGGUAAAGCUGGUCUUCCAGGAUUCCCUGGUGCGAAAGGUGAUCGAGGCGAACCAGGUAUCGAUGGACCGAAAGGUUAUCCUGGCAGACGAGGACCACCUGGAUUACAAGGAAGACCUGGAGCAGAGGGUGGACCUGGAUUAAAGGGAGAACGAGGUGAAAAAGGUUUGCCUGGUUUCGCUGGAUUCCCUGGCAUGGAUGGAAGACCUGGACCACCUGGUUUACCAGGACCUAAAGGAGACGACGGCUUCCCUGGCCCUCCAGGUCCUUCGGGUCCAAUAGGAUUGGAAGGACUUAAAGGUGAUCGAGGACCACCAGGUUUGCCAGGUCGUAAGGGAGAACCGGGUCAGGUAUCAGAGAAAGGUCAAAAAGGUGAACCAGGCAUACCAGGGAUCCGUGGUCCACCGGGUCCCGCUGGUAGAGAUGGUAUCGAUGGCGUUAAAGGAGAAGCUGGAAUACCUGGCAUUGGUCGUGAUGGAUUACCUGGACCGAAGGGCGAACCUGGUAUACCAGGUCGUGAUGGAUUGCCUGGACUUCAAGGACAAAAAGGAGACACAGGAGUUAGAGGAUUCCCUGGGCCUAAAGGAGAUUUUGGUCCACCAGGUGCACCGGGUGAACCAGGAACACCUGGAAUCGAUGGUUUACCUGGCGAACGUGGUGAUGUUGGCCCCCCUGGGCCUAUUGGAUUCCCUGGUUUGGAUGGUGAAAUGGGAGCCCCAGGACGUCCUGGACUUAACGGCGUUAAGGGAGAGCGUGGUUAUCCAGGUGCUGUUGGUCUUCCUGGCAUUCCCGGUGGCGCCGGAGAGAAAGGUGACCGUGGACCACCUGGACCAACGGUUCAGGUGAAAGGCGAGAAAGGUGAACCUGGAAUACCUGGACGUCAAGGUAUACCGGGAGAGAAAGGUGAUCGUGGCUUAGAAGGUCUUGCUGGAUACGAUGGUGAAAAAGGAGACCGUGGUGCACCAGGUCCAGUUGGAAAUCCAGGACCACCAGGACAUAUGGGUCCCAAAGGUGAUGAAGGACCUCGCGGACCUUCCGGUUUGCCAGGAUUGACUAUCAAAGGUGAAAAAGGUUUACCAGGAAUGCCAGGAAAACACGGCAGAGAAGGAAUACCAGGACGACCGGGAGAGAAAGGAGAGCAAGGAUUACCUGGUUUACCUGGUCACAAAGGAGAUCAAGGUCCUUAUGGUCCUAUUGGUCCAGAGGGUGAAAAGGGUGAUAUGGGUCCUGCGGGUCUUCCUGGUACUCCAGGUCGCGACGGACUUCCAGGCCUCGAAGGCAUGCCAGGUUUGCCGGGUGAGAAAGGUGAUAAAGGAGAUAUGGGUCCACAAGGAUUACCUGGUGCUCCAGGACAAAAAGGAGACACAGGAUUCCCAGGACUGAACGGAUUGGACGGACUUCCUGGAGAGAAGGGUGACAGAGGCUGGGAUGGAGUGAAUGGAUCUCCUGGAGGACCUGGAGAGAAGGGUGACAGAGGAUACCCGGGUCCAACAGGAAUAGUCGGUAUUGUUGGAUAUCCAGGUGAAAAAGGUGAUAAGGGCGAGGACUGUCUUGAACCUCCAAUGGGACCAAAAGGAGAUCGUGGAUACCCAGGACCUCCUGGUCCACCAGGACCACCAGGAGAAAAGGGACUUCCAGGACCAGAAGGAUUCCCAGGAAUAAACGGAAUAAAGGGUUCAACGGGACUUCCAGGACCUCCAGGUCCAACUGGUUUGCCAGGUCCACCAGGUCCUACCGGUCCAAGUGGCUUGCCAGGAAUGCAAGGACCUGUAGGACUUCCAGGACCUGCUGGUGAACCUGGACAACCGUGUGACGUGGUACCUGAUUAUCUCACUGGUAUCUUAUUGGUCAGACACAGUCAAAGCCAAUCGGUGCCAGUUUGUGAACCAGGACAUAUAAAACUCUGGGAAGGUUACAGCUUACUGUACACAGAUGGCGAUGAAAGAGCACAUUCGCAAGAUCUAGGUUACGCCGGCUCGUGUGUAAGAAAGUUCUCGACGAUGCCGUUCCUCUUCUGCGACGUCAACAACGUUUGCCAUUACGCCAGCCGCAACGAUCGUUCUUACUGGCUGUCGACCAAUAGUCCAAUUCCCAUGAUGCCUGUUGAGGAAACGGCGAUAGAAGAAUAUAUCUCCAGGUGUGUGGUAUGUGAAGUUCCAGCGAAUGUAUUAGCAGUGCACAGUCAGUCAUUGAGCAUUCCAGAGUGUCCACAAGGUUGGACCGGUCUUUGGAUUGGAUACAGUUUCGUCAUGCACACGGGUGCCGGUUCCCAAGGUGGAGGACAAUCCCUGUCUAGUCCUGGAUCGUGCCUGGAGGACUUCCGUGCGACGCCGUUCAUCGAGUGCAACGGCGCCAAAGGACACUGCCAUUAUUACGCGAACGAGUUCAGCUUUUGGAUGGCCAGCAUCGAAGAUAGGCAACAAUUCCAAAGGCCCGAAAAACAGACCUUGAAGGCAGGCAACCUCAGGUCUCGAAUAAGUCGCUGCCAAGUGUGUAUAAAGAACACGUAAAAGAAAGCCACGAACUUACGAGUUUCUUCUUGCUCUCUUUUUUUCUUCUUCAUUCUUUCCCUCGCCUCCUUUCUCAAAGAACGAACACUAAUACUGCCGUUACGAAUUACAUGUAUUUACACGAACGAAAGGGAGAAAGAAUUGUUCAGCGACGAAAUAAAGAGAACUGUAUUCUCUUUCAUUCCCUUUCAAAUUUUCACCCGUCGUAAAUAUCUUGUUGUUCGUUGUUCUAAUCCCAGUCUCGUUCUCCUUGGACUUUUUCUCCUAACUUUUACUUUUUCUUCGCUCUUUUGUCCCCUCGUGCUUCCGUUCCUUUCAUCUUUCGUCGAUGUCCUGGUUUUCUUCUCGUUUGACUUGUCCCUAUUCGAAUUUCCCGCCAUUGCUUUCCCUCUGUGUACAUCGUAAGUUUCUAUUUUUUUUUCUUUUCUAUAACUAUUCAAAACAUGUGCCUAGUGUACUACAUUUCUAGCAUGUAAAGUAAUAUAUAUAUAUAAAUAUGAAUGUUAUAUGUAUAUUUAUAUCUCGUAAAUUUCGUAUAAAGAGUAAGUUUAUCUCGUACUACCAUCGACACUGCCCAUAUCCAAUAUGGCACACUUUACGUAUUGUAUAUUAAUAUAAACGAUCUUAGCCUGGUAAACGUGUGAAGCCAAAUAUUUAAGUAAAUAGGUAUUUUGCUACUGUAGCUAAUGAAAAUUCUAUUUUCAAAAGUC